AUGGGCAACAAACAAGAAGAGCUGGAGGCUGUGGUGCAGCAGCAGAGCUAUGAUGUAAUUGCCAUCACAGAAACAUGUAAAUGGUUCAGGUGCCAUCCCGUGCUCGCGGCGUUGCUGAUUCUGCUGCUCCUGGUGCUGGUGCUGGCUUUGGGGGUGGCCUUGGCUGUGCAGUCAGCAGCACAGCUUCCACUUACACCUGCGACUCCGCUGUUGGUUCUGGGCUGUCCCCGUGGCUGGGUUGGGUACAAUGGGGUCUGCUACUACUUGUCAAGGGAUUACGGCACCUGGGAGCAGGGUCAGGAACGGUGCUCUGAGCUCGGGGCCUCCCUGGCCAUUCUCAAGGAUGAGGAAAUGGAUUUGCUCUUCCGCCUCCGCGGGAACGUCGAUUACUGGCUCGGGCUGCGCAGACGGGGCGAGCGCCUGCACUGGGGGGACGGCAGCAGCUACAGCUCCUGGGUUCCUGUCCUGGGCAAUUCCGAGUGUGUGUACCUGGCUGACCGUAAAUUCAGGAGUGAGAUGUGCUCAAAUGAGCGGCCGUAUGUCUGCAGCAAGGCCCAAGCUGCCCUGUAACAGGGGCUGGAGGAAGGACCUUGUCCACACUGGGCAGUGCCAGAGUUGUCUGUUAGCCCAGCACAGGGCUGUCCUUCCUCAGCUGCACCUGUAUUAAUACCUAAAAGCGAAGACCAUUAACAAUAUAAGUUAUUUAUAACAUUA